AUGGGCAAGAAGAGCAAAAGCAAGAGCACGCUGCUCGCCACCGCGGAGCCAACACAGCCUGCGUUGGAGCCUGAGGUGGUGGAGGCUGUAAAGGAGCAGGUAAAGAACCAGGACAAGUCCGCGCUGUUUGACGGCUUCGCUCAGAGCGCUGCGUUUUUCGGCAAAAAGGCUUCGUAUGCGGUAGCGGUGGCGGAUACGUUCAAGAAGGAGACGGAGACGUCUAAGGUGGCUGUGAGCGAAAAGGAUAGAAAGAAGAAGGAGAAGAAGGAAUCCAAGCAGAAUAGAAAGAAUCAAGAAAACGACGAGGAGGAUGUUAAGGAGGAUAAAGAGCAAGAGGACGACGAUGAGACUGAAGUUGCGGAGACCAACGACGGUGAUAAGAAGAAGAAGAAGAAAAAGAGCAAGAAGAAAACGACAGAAGGUGAUGAUCAGGCUGAAGAGGAGAAAGAACUCACGCCUGAUGAACUCAAGGAGCGCCGCACAGUGUUCGUGGGCAAUGUGUCGCUGGACGCCACACAGAAAGACAUCAAGAAGCAUUUUUCCGUGUGCGGUCAAGUUGAAAGCGUGCGUCUUCGACAUCUUCCCAUCGCCGGUUGUGCGGUGGGUGACGCGGGCAACCAGAAGCUCAUGAUGAAGGUCUGCGCCAACAAGAAAAUCUUGACCACAGCUAAGGACAACUGCAACGCCUACGUGACGUUUGUGGAGGAGAGCAGUGCGGAAGCCGCGAUCAAGCUCAACGGGACGGUGCGUUUUGUUAGAUUUCGCAGUGAGCAAACCGAGUAUAUGUGCUAA